CCUCUCUGUUUUCUGGGUACAAUACUGUUACCUGGUGGCAAGCACUGGGGCGACUAUUUGCCCACCUAUUACCUGCCUUCCUGAGCUUCUUGAAAACUCGAAUAGAAAUAUGUCCGCCAUUGCUGAGGUGACCGAACGGCCAUCGGCCGUGCCACCAGCGACCGGAACUAAGCCCUUCUUGCGCAGACUGCGAGAGUCUUAUUGGCAUACCUAUACCGGGUGUACUCUCUUCGCAUCCAUUGGAGGAUUUCUUUUCGGGUUUGAUACAGGUUCGAUCGGACCUGUAACGACCAUGUCCCAAUUCCUUGACAAAUUCGAGCCUAUUACGCCGACUGUACAAGGUCUCAUUGUAUCUUCCAUCCUCAUCACGGCUGCUACCUUCUCGCUCCUCGCUGGUCCGCUGUCCGAUCGAAUCUCUCGUAAAUAUACUCUUGCCCUUGGAGGAGCCAUUUUCUCUGCUGGUUCUGCGAUUGUUGCGUCUUCUCCGAAACUUGCACAAGUAUUCAUUGGACGCUGCUUGGCAGGUGCUGGGGAGGGCUUGUUCUUGUCAGUGGUUACUGUAUACGUGUGUGAAAUUGCUCCCGCGGCUCUCCGAGGUACUCUUGUGUGUACCAUUCAGCUUUUUGUCACAAUCGGCAUUGCUUCAGGGUAUUUCGUAUGUUACGGAUCGAACAAGAUAGCUGGGGAGAUGGCAUGGCGUAUUCCCUUUAUUCUACAAGCCAUUGUUUCAGCUAGUUUCGCUGCCGGCUCUCCGUUCCUUGUGCACUCUCCGCGUUGGUUACUGCGAGUUGGACGACACGAAGACGCGCUGAAGGCCUGGGAUCAUCUUGGACUCAGACCCACUGAAGCAGAGAAGGAGGACAUCCAGGCUGGGAACGCGGAACGCGAACGGAAUCAGCAUGACUGGAAGAUUGAGAUGCGACAAAUGUGGAAGAAAGAUACGAGGAAACGCACGUUUUUGGGAUGCUUCCUUAUGGGAAUGCAACAGCUUAGCGGAAUUGAUGGUGUGCUUUAUUACGCACCUGUCUUGUUCACACAGGCUGGUUUGUCAUCAACGAAAGCGGCGUUCCUUGCGUCUGGUGUUUCGGGAUUGCUAAAUGUCGCAUGUACGGUCGUCACACAGCCUUUCCAAGAUAAAUGGGGGAGACGCCCUUCGGUUCUAAUCGGAGGCUCUGUUAUCGCCGGUUGUAUGCUCAUCAUUGGAAGCAUUUACGCUUCCAACGCACACAACACUUCCUCAGGACGCUGGGCCGUCAUUGUCCUCAUUUAUAUCUUCGUCAUCGCAUUUUCUAUGUCCUGGGCAAUUGUGAUCCGUACCUGUGCAUCUGAAAUCCAGCCUGCACGCACACGCGCUGCUGCAACAAGCCUCGGACAAGCAGCAAACUGGGUCGUCAAUUGGGUCGUCGCGUUCUCAACUCCGCUUUUCCUUGCACGUUCAACGAGCGGUCCGUAUUUCCUCUUUGGUGCAUGUACUGCGUUGACGGUCCUUGUGAGUGCUGCACUGUUGCCUGAGAGUAAGGGAGUGAGCUUGGAAGGGCUUGAUGAGAUAUUCAAGAUGAGUCCGUGGAGGAAGAUGGGUUUAGGCAUGCACCUUUCGGCUAAACGUGCGCCGAGACUAGCACGCUUGAAUUCCGGAAAUGAUAUUGAAAUGGCAAUGACCCGGGUUAUUCCAGAUGAGCCAAUGUUUUCUCAGUAAUUGUGUAGGAGUCAAGAAUAAAAGCUAUGUUUCUCUCGCCAAUGUUAGAACAACUCGCUCACUGACCAGUACUUAUAUGAGCAUGCUACAGAGUACAAAUCAAAGGGCCAAAUGUCUUGAUCUGGGUGGAAGUACAAGCAUGAUAACGUGGAGCGAAAGGCUAUUCUAACUACUCAAUACCCUUCAUUUCCAUGUUGCUCCCCAUUUCCAAUCUAUAAUUC